AUGUGGUCGGAUGCAGACGACGAGAUAUUAAUUGAAGCUAGCCAGAAAUGGGAUCAUAUCGCACAAGAACAGCCAAGCCCUGCAGGCGUUCCAUCAGAACAGCAAAGCACUGCAUACGUGUUACCAGAACAGCAACGCAUAUCAGACGUGCUACACGGAAAGCAAAGCACUGCAGGCGUGCUACCAGAAGAGCAAAUCACUACAGGCCUGUCACCAGAACAGCAAAGCAGUGCAUGCGUGCUACCAGAACAGCAAAGUACAGUAGGCGUGUUACCAGAACAGCACAGCACAGCAGGCGUGCUACCAAAUCAGCAAAGCAUAUCAGACGUGUCACCAGAACAGCAAAUACCAAAACAGCAAAGCAUAUCAGGUGUGCUACCAGAACAACCAAGCACUGUAGGUGUGCUACCAGACCAGCAAAUCAAUGCAGGCGUGCUACUAGAAGAGCAAAUCACUACAUGCCUCUCACCAGAACAGCAAAGCACUGCAUGCGUGCUACCAGAACAGCAAAUCAUAUCAGGCGUGUCACCAGAACAGCAAAGCAUAUCAGGCGUGUCACCAAAACAGCAAAGCACUGCAGGCGUGCUACCAGAACAGCAAAACACUGCAGGCGUGCUACCAGAACAGCAAAGCAUAUCAGGCUUGUCACCAGAACAGCAAAGCAUAUCAGGCGUGUCACCAGAACAGCAAAGCACUGCAGGUGUGCUACAAGAACAGCAAAGCACUGCGGGCGUGCUACAAGAACAGCAAAGCACUGCAGGCGUGCUACAAGAACAGCAAAGCACUGCAGGCUUACUACCAGAACAGCAAAACACUGCAGGCUUGCUACAAGAACAGCAAAGCACUGAAGGCGUGCUACAAGAACAGCAAACCACUGCAGGCUUGCUACCAAAACAGCAAAACACUGCAGGCUUGCUACCAGAACAGCAAAACACUGCAGGCGUGCUAUUAGAACAACAAAGCAUAUCAGAUGUGUCACUAGAACAGCAAAGCGUUGCAGGCGUGUCACCAGAACAGCAAAGCACUGCAGGCGUGCUACCAGAACAGCAAAGCGUUGCAGGCGUGUCACCAGAACAGCAAAGCACUGCAUGCGUGCUACCAGAACAGCAAAGCACUGCAGGUGUGCUACUAGAACAGCAAAACACUGCAGGUGUGCUACCAGAACAGCAAAGCAUGUCGAAAAAACGAAAAAACAGAAAGAGGAGACCGACACGAACAAAACUGAUAUAUAUUUCUACAGAUUCUGAUGACGAUGUUCCUCUUAGUGUGUAUGCUAAGAAAUGCAGAAUAAAUUAUGACAGCGGCAGUGACGAGAUGUUUGUUCCUAACUCAAAAGAUGUGAAUUCUACCGACUCAGAAUACUCUUCCAAUCUUUCAGAAUCAAGUAAACGGAUUUACAUGGCGGAAAAAAGGUUUAAGAAAGAAUGGAAUAAGGAUACAAAGCACAGUGAAAAAGCAAAACUUGCCACUACAUCAAAAAGACAAAACUCAAAACAAAAAGGAAACGUUCAAAUAGUGAUUCAGCUAUUCAUGAUGCAGUACGUCUAA